AUGAAGACGAUAUUGUUUUGGAUGACAGAGAGCUCCAGGGAAUUUCAAAAAGAGGCUCUAAUUGAAUUAAAGGAAUCUAUUGAUAGUGAAUUGGAGAACAUACAGAUUGACAAAAUUGCUGUGCUUAAACUUGCACAUGAAGAUGUUAAGAAAGAUAUUUUCCCUUAUACUUGUGCAGGUCCUUCUUCUCAGUCAGUUGAUGCUUUUGAACUCUGUAAGCUUAAAUCAGUUGAAUGCUACCUUCGGUACAGAAUAUCAGGCACCAAAACUAUGGAAGCUUCAGAGAAAGCAUCGAUGGAAAUAUGGCUUCACAAAAACACUUAUCGUCCAGCUGAUAUAAGAAAACCAGAAAGUCGAAGUCUUAUCGAAGUGAAGAAGUAUAUUGAUGGAGAGAUUUUGCCAAGAAAGCUUGGUAUACCUGGAAAUACUUCCACAAAAAUGGGCAAAAAGAAUGAUGGUGUACAAGAAGAAAAUGACAACUUUGAAAAUGAAGAAACUGUAGUUUUGCCAGUACUUAGAUCUGAUGAAAUAGAGCAUGUUCUUGUUACUCAAGAUGAAUCAACAUUCUAUGCAAACGAUGGGAAAGAUACCAUGUGGCUAAUGGAAGUUGAAAAUCCUAUCCGUAAGAAAGGUCCAAGAAUGUCUCUCAUGAUCAGUGAGUUUAAAUGCGUAUGUCAUGGAACAAUGACUAGAGGGGCAUGUUUGUCACGAGAGGUAUUCCACCCUGGGGCCGACAGAGAUGGGUACUGGACAAGUGCGGAUAUGUUGAAGCAAUUGAAAAACAAUGUUAUUCCUCUUUUUGAAUUGAUUCACCCAGGGUGCAAGGCCGUCUUUUCAUUUGACCAAAGCACAAAUCACAAAGUGUAUGGUCAAAAUGCUUUGAUUUCAAGCAAAAUGAAUCUAAAUGAUAAAGAGAUUGAAGAUAAUGAUUUUUGUUCUUUGUGGGAUACAGUAUUUGUCCGGAAUGAUGUAGAGGAAAAAAGUAGACAAUGGGUCCAAAAUAAGAUUAAAUAUGUUAAAGGCAUCCGUCAUAUUCUGGAGGAGCAUGGUUUGUGGCUUGAGAAGGAUCCGUAUAAUCCUAUUAAGAAAUGGCAACUAGACUGUAAGAGUAAAGACAUCUCUGAAGAUAGCAAGUGCUGUGCACAUCAUUUUCUGGCUUCACAACCAGAUUUUAUGUCACAGAAAACUGCUCUUCAUGAGGCUGUCGAAGACUCUGGUCAUAUAUUUGAACUUUACCCUAAGUUCCAUUGCAAAUGCAAUUGGAUUGAGAGGUAUUGGGGUGCCGCAAAGCGUAAAGCUCGCCUCCAGUGUGACUAUCACUGGAAAAAUAAAAAAAAUACUAUAGCUUUAAGUAACGAGAAAGGUAGUGGAAAUGUCAGGGCUUUUUUUCAGCUCAGUCAUUUUUUUAUUUAA